GCCGCAAGCAAUUUUUACUUUAAAGUUUACCGUUUUAAAAUAGGCUACUUAUUUAAGUGUAUUUUCAAGACAUUUUAAAGUUGACAAGUGAUCUGACAGCUUUGUCACUAAUUAUAACUAAAGGUAGAUUUCGGUCAAAUUGGGAUCAACUUCUAUUUGGGCAAAUAGCCCAGAUCUAUUGAAAUCGCAUUGUGUUGGCACUUUUCAUGCAUAGUCUAUUCAUGAAAUUAAUUACCUUGAGUUUGAGGGAUGUUUAAUCAUUUCAGGCUAGCCUACACCACCAACUGCACAUCUAUAUGCCUAAUUUGUGUUGGUUGAAUGAUUGGCUCGGUAAUUGAUUGGCGCCAUAAUUUCAUUAUUCAUUACAUUACCAUAUUUCACGUGCAUUAGCGAGAAAUUAUAUUCCAUAAUAUUGUGAAUGGAGUGCAUCUCACAUGGGCACAUAGAAUAAAUGUGCCGUGCAUCCAUGUGUUUCUACGCGGGAGCCAUGCAUUUGUGGCCAUCGGGAAGGAUUUAUAGCCUAAUCGUGAUGAAUCCCCGUGGUGGCACGCGCAGGUCUUCGUAAUUAUGGCAGUCGUUCUAACCGAGAGGGGAGAGAGAAAAAAACACCCUGAUAGGAGGCAUUUUAUCUUCAUCACUGGACCGCUCAAUUCCAAUUAAUUUGACAAGAUUUCCCUCACGCGAAGCGCAAAUCCCUAUUAAAAGACGCAUACUGUAAAUGACAACCCUCUAAACGCUUCGCGUGUCCGAAUGAAAUGGAAGAGGAGAGAAAGGGAACGACAAAAGGUUAAGACGCAGCUUCCCGGAGUUAUUUCCCGGCAGAGCGCCCUAAGCCACAGUCAUUGGCCCUAAGCCAGCCCCCUCCCGAGUGCUCCUAGUGUUUCUAUAGUAAUUUCUAACCAAUGAUCAGUAGGUGUCCACAUCCUAGCUUCCUCACCUCAGCACCAAUCAGCCACACACAGCGACAGGAGACAGCGCGGAGCUAACACUAGGCAGCCACACACAAUACACCUCGGACCAAGCAGAGGAAACACCUACAACGCACCGUUAUUUCCCCCCUACAGCGCCGUGGUUUUAUAAUAAUAAACCGUUUUUUUUUCUUCUAAAAAGCUCGAUAAGCUAUCGCUUUAAGUUUGCUAUUUUUUUGUACUUUUUUUCUCAAGCCAGGAAAAUAAGUCUGUAAACAUGCUCCUUUUGUUUUGAGCGCUCUUUUUCAGUGUGGCUGUGCUCUUCCCACAUCCUCGCGUUAUUUUGUAUCUCCAUCGCGCCUUGCGGUAAUGUGCCGCUCUGUGUUGGCAGCCGACUGCUAGGCGUCUGGAAUCUCUUCUCGCCAGGAACCUGGUAGUGCUGGAGGAGACAGAAGCAGGAUGGUAACAUAUUGUUGGUGGUAACCAGCAGCUUCUAGUUUGACGAAGGCCACCGUUGACGGCGACCCCGGACUCUUCCCCAGUGAACCCUGCUCAACCGUCCCCCAGCCAUGUCUAAUAUAAACAAUGCUCUCUGCAUUGAGACCGGACAGAACGCAGAUGUGUCUCUCUUACAAAAGGAUAACCUUCAGAACCUGCAGAACCUGCAGAACUUGCAGAACCUCCAGGAUGGUGGAUUAAGCCAACUUUUGGAUUAUAACGCCGAGAUGGAACGGUACCGCUCUUUCGCAAACUUUUACAAAACCAACGGCGCGUUCGGCCAGACGGCCAAGAUCGCCCGCAUCACGACCCCCAUUUUCCCCAGUGCCCGGAUAGGCAUGUCCCCGUGGAACUGCGAUAACGCCAUGCUCUGGGGGAGGAAAUCGGCCACAAUAAACCCUAAUAGGACCAGCAUGCACAGGAAUGACUCCCAGAGGCCGGGGAAGCAUGGCGUGCCGCCAGAAACGCUACAGCAAAUGGCAAAUAAUAAUUUCCUCUCUACCUUAUCCCCCGAACACUGCAGACCUUUAGCGGGAGAAUGCAUGAACAAGCUGAAAUGCGGCGCCGGCGAAGCAGAGAUAAUGAAUCUCCAGGAACGUGUCGGAACUUUUUCCGCCAUUCCGGCUUUAGGGGGCAUCUCAUUACCUCCCGGGGUCAUCGUCAUGACAGCCCUUCACUCCCCCGCAGCCUCGGCAGCCGUUACAGACAGUGCGUUUCAAAUUGCCAAUCUGGCAGACUGCCCACAGAAUAAUUCCUCUGCGUCCGGCGGGAACCCAGCGAAGAAGAAAAGGAAGCGGUGCGGGGUGUGCGCGCCCUGCCGGCGGCUAAUCAACUGCGGCGUGUGCAGCAGUUGUCGGAACCGUAAGACGGGCCACCAGAUCUGCAAGUUCAGGAAAUGUGAGGAGCUGAAAAAGAAACCCGGCUCGUCGCUGGAGAGGACACCAGUCAACAAUGGCGAGGCAUUCCGGUGGUUCUUUUAGAGCGCCCGACCUUAGUGACAUCAACACGCGGUCAGAGGUCCAGUUAGAACUCUGAUGACAUCACUGCAGGAAGCACUGGGGGUUCAGAGAACCCAAACAACCUCCCAGUUUUUAAACCAGGAGGCAGAAACUCUAAAAAGAUGAAACGAUAAACAUUAUGGUGUUGGUUUAACUCUGUCAUUUCCUUUCCUGUGUAAUUAUUGUACCUUUUGACAGUAUCAUAAUGUCUAUUUUCGGUGUAUAUGAAUGUGUUUCAGUGUUGUUUGGCUGUAAAGUUUACAGUCAAUCUUAUGUAAAGGACUCAAUGGACAAUCAUCACCAAUACGUCAACAACAAAGAUGGCCGCUGCUGGGAUUGAUCAUGUGAUCGUCACACACAACCUUGGAGCAAUAAUCUUUAAAGUUGAUUAUUCUGCUUGUGUUUUCCCUUUAUUUCCGUUUUCAAAUUAUUAUAUCGAAGCGGAAUUAUUUUUUAUAAAAUGUGUCAUUUUUGUUUAAUGCUUGCAUUCCCUGUUUGUGUGUGUGCGCGCCUCUGACUGAGGGAAACUAUAAGGUCCUCCUUGGUAAAUGUGAUGUAUCAUAUAAGUGACGCACAAUGCCAGAGAGAACGGCAUUAUUAUUUAGAUGCUUUCAUUUGGGGUUUCUUUCAGUUUUUGUCCAGCACGUUACGAAACAGGGCACAUUGUCUUGUGUAGCGAGUUGUACUUUUUUGGAAAACAAAAAGAAGCAUCGUUGUGUUACAGUUACUGGACAAAGGGGUGGUUGUGAGAGACUGUUUCUCUUUGGUUUUGAUACGCUGCAAAGAUGGUGUUAUGAUUCGCUAUUUCAUGUAACUGUCUUGCCACCUCCUGAUCAUCUUCUGGUUUCUGUUUGAAAUACAAAGGUCAUCUUAUAGGUAACACUAUACUUAUAUCCUGCAGGUAUAAUGCCUCAUUACUUAUAUCCUGCAGGUAUAAUGCUUCAUUACUUGUUAUUAGCAGGUAUAAUGCUUCAUUACUUGUUUAUAAGCAGGUAUAAUGCUUUAUUACUUGUUUAUAAGCAGGUAUAAUGCUUCAUUACUUGUUUAUAAGCAGGUAUAAUGCUUUAUUACUUCUUUAUUAGCAGGUAUAA